UUUGUUUACCUCGGCGGCGGCGGCGAGGCAGGCGGCGGCGCAGGGGAACAGAAGCAAGUGUGCAACCAUUCAGUCCUGUGUUGGUGCUCCCCGGAUUUCCCAGAAUGAGUGCAGACGAGGUUAUGAAGGAUAUGAAAGAGCGGGCCAAGCUUCGCCGACAGCUCCUUGCUAAACAGCUUGGGGUUGCCAGUGCGGAUAAGCUUGGCCAGGCGCUGGGCAACAUAGACAAGCAGCAGGAAGACCAGGACCGCAUCAAGCGCAUGAAAAGGUCUCGGCAGCAGGAGGAGCUGGAGGGAGAGGAGGCAGCCAACAUGGUCUACACUGACUCUUCCACGUUCCUCAAGGGCACCCAGUCAGCAAACCCACACAAUGAUUACUGUCAGCACUUUGUUGACACCGGUCAGCGUCCUCAGAAUUUCAUCAGGGACGUGGGGCUCGCAGAUAGGUUUGAAGAGUAUCCAAAGUUACGGGAGCUUAUUCGUCUCAAGGAUGAGUUGAUAGCUGCAACAGCAACACCACCAAUGUACCUACAGUCAGACCUGCACACCUUCGACUGGCGUGACCUGCCCGUCAAGUUUGACGUGAUUCUUGUCGAGCCGCCACUGGAAGAGUACCAGCACACGGGAGUCAACAAUGUGGAGUUCUGGGACUGGCAGAAGAUUAUGGACCUGGACAUUGCACAGGUAGCAGCGCCACGCAGUUUUAUUUUCCUUUGGUGUGGCUCCUCUGAGGGCCUAGACCUGGGGCGACAGUGCUUGCGAAAGUGGGGCUUCAGACGCUGUGAGGACAUCUGUUGGAUACGAACAAACAUUAACAACCCAGGGCACUUGAAGAAUCUUGAGCCAAAGGCGGUAUUUCAGCGAACUAAAGAACACUGCCUAAUGGGCAUCAAGGGAACUGUCAGACGUUCAACUGAUGGAGACUUCAUCCAUGCCAACGUCGACAUUGAUUUGAUCAUCUCGGAAGAAGCAGAAUAUGGCUCCCUUGAAAAACCUGUUGAAAUAUUCCACAUCAUUGAACAUUUCUGCCUGGGACGUCGAAGGUUACACGUAUUUGGUCGAGACAGCACCAUCCGUCCUGGCUGGCUCACCAUCGGGCCAGGAUUGACGAGCAGCAACUUUGACCCUGACGUGUAUGCGGGCUACUUCGCCAAUGGACAAACCACCACGGGCUGCACGGAACGCAUCGAGGCCUUGCGACCCAAAUCCCCUCCGCCCAAGCAGAAGGGAGGCCCGGGGGGGCGAGGGAGGGGAGGGCUGUCGUCGCGUGGCAGUUUCACGCGGGGAAGAGGAAGGAGCAGAUAAUUGUGGGAUGUCGAGUCGUUAUACUCAUUCUAGUGGGUCACUUUCACCUUCCAUAGGAUAAUGUUGAGCAGGGCGAGCCCUGAUUUCAUAAAGUUUUGAUAUUAAUAACUAUUUUGUAUAUGGUCCUCCUCCUAUUUAAAAUAAAUAAAUAUCAUGAGUUGAUCUGAUAUAAGUUUUCAUAAUCAUGUUUUUAGCUUUACUUUUUUAAAAAAGAUAUAUGUUUUGACAUUGAGGAUUAAGUUGUUAUAUAUAGUUUUCAUCAUUAUCUGUAAAAUAUUUGUCAGAAUACAAGGAAGUUGUGAUGAAAUAAAUUACAAGAAAAACA